GGAAGGUACUACAGUUCAUUUUUCCGUGAACUCAAGAAGGUAGCAACGUCACUGAAACAAAACCAAUUCACUGUUCAACAGCGAAUUCAUAAUAGCGGCAAAUCUCGGUGAAUCGGUGAAAACACAAUCAUUUUUGAAUUAUCAACUGCCGCCUCCGCAAAUUGCAUUAAAUUAGAUUUGAAUAGAGUCGUUCGAACUUUUGGAAAAUGCGAUAGUUCGGAAGUUGCCAGUGUGCGGUGGCAAAUGUGAUUAGAAUCGUUUCAAUGAUACAGUGACGUGUAGUGUUAUCACAGCGGUACCGGCGUAUGUUGUUGAUAGCCGAAUACAAAACAUCGAAAAAAAAAUUUUAACCGGAAGAUUUCGAUAUGGCUGUGACGGACAACAAGAAGAGUGUGGUGAAGGCAUACGCGUGCUGGUUUUUCGGGGGUAUAUUCGGUCUUCAUUUGUUUUAUUUGGACCGGGACGCCCAUGCCUUCUUGACCUGGAGCACCUUGGGAGGUUACGGCUUGGGGUGGCUGGCGGAUGUCACGAAGAUUCCUAGGUAUGUGAGGGAUUGUAACGAGGAUCCGAGAUACAUGGAAGAGUUGGCGUUUAAAAUAAGGCAUAAUAAGAAGCCUCCCUAUUCAACGAGUAGAUUUGUAUCUGCUCUGAUGGUAGGAUAUCUUUGGGGCCAACUGGUUAUGAUAGCAAUACCCGAAGAAGUAGUUGGAGGAGUGGACUGGAGCUUCAUGCACUGGCUUAUACCUUUCGCUGUAGCAUUAGGAGUUUGGGUGGUGGGAAACAUUGGACGAGAGCAGGGAGGACCUUGGCCGACAAUAAUAAUUUCCUACCUAAGCUACGUAUCCAGAUGGUAUUUUUACGACAUCAAUACCUGGCUCACCAUUGUGACGUUUUUCGCAGCCCUUGGAUUCAAUCAGUUUUCCAAGGAAUGGAGGAGGAAACCCCGCAGACCUCAGUCGACCACCAAAAGGGUGACAACAUUGGUCCUCUGCGCAAUGUUAUACAUCGCGUUAUGGUCAUCUUAUUUCUAUUUCAAUGGUAAGAUAACGGAUACGAAUGGUGAUGAGAUACCGGUCCAUGAAGCCAUUCAUCACUUCUUCACGUCCCCCUGGUGGACGGAUCUGAAACAGUCGCUGAUAGAUGUUUACCAAUAUGCCCAGCAUCAUGGAUGGUAUGAGAUAUGGAAACAAAUAAUAGAACUAUCAGAUCCACAAGGGGAGCAAAAUGCUUAUAAGAUUUUGGGAGUUGGUCCUACAGCCAGUCAAACAGAAAUAACAGCGAAAUUCAGAGCUCUAACUAGAAUUCAUCAUCCCGACAAAGUGAAAGAUCCAAACAGAAGGAGAGAAGCGGAAGAAAAAUUCAUGGAAAUAAAGCAGGCAUACGACACCCUGUCUAAUAUAAAAAAGAGGAGGGUGCGGCAAAACCGAAAAUCUGUGAUGGACGAAGAAUGAAGACUACAUGAGAAUUAUAUUCUUAUUAUUUAAAGAACUGAUUUCAAAUCGAACUUAAUCAAGAGAAUCAACAUAUGAUUCACUUCCUCAAGUGUAGGUACACCGAAUUUUCAAAUCCAGUACACAAAUUUCGAGAUUAUUAAUUGAAAAUUUUCAUCAAAACUCAAUCGAAGAAUUUGGGGAAGAGUGAAAUAUUUAUCUCAAAUACACCAGUUACAGUUCAAACAGCUAUCACUAGUAAAAAAUAAAAAACAACAUCCCACCUUUCAAAUUAAUUCUCGGAAUAUGGUAGACACUAUUUCCAUGAAUAAGUUUUACACAAUGAUUUCGUUUUUUUUUUCACUUUUAACUGAAGAAUAUACUUUUAUCAUCACAUUAAAAAUUAAUUGUCCCAUGUGAUACAGUAUGAUGUAUCAUUAGUCCUUUUUUGUGAUUAACUAACGACCUCCGCAGGGCAUGUGCAUUUGUACUUAAUUUAUUUAUAUAUUGAAUCAGAAGAUAAAACCGUCCAGUUAAAAAUCGUUAUUUAUUUUGAAAUUUUAGACCACAUUUUAUUGCAUUGUGGAUUUCACCUUAAAAAAAGUUUCUAUCAGAACAAUGUUGGGUGAAUUCAUUUUAAUGUGCCUCUUUCGAAAAAAGAGAUGUUUUAAAAACCAAAUAAUGUUAGUUAUACUACUAUGUACGAAAAAUUAUUACAAUUAUGAAAUUUUGUUGGUCAAAAAUUAAGAAACACUUCAAAAGUAUUGACUCAACUUUUUAAUUUUUAGGGAGACGAAUCUACUUAAUUUUAUAUAAUUGUUCAAUUUUUUAUAAUGUUAAGACUCAAUUGAUGAUAUGUUGAAUAUAUUGUUUGUAAUUAAAAUGUUUAUUGACGAUAUGAUAAUAAAAAUAUAGAACUA